AAUUUGGUUUUUUUGAACGAACGAACAGCUUAACCCAGACACGAUGUCAGAGGUCAAGCUUUAUAUCGGGAACUUAUCGUACCACACGGACGAUGAAUCCCUUCGCAGGGUGAGUGAUCCCUUUGGCAUAUUCCCAUGCCCCUUCACAACACCGAUCCUCUUUAUCUUUGUCCAGGCUUUCGGAGACUAUGGCACUGUCGUCGACUCGAUCGUGAUGGUGGAUCGAGUGAGUGUUCCCUGAUCGGAUGAGGUGCCCCUUUGCAAGGCCAUUGGCGGCGCCUUG